AACUCCCGGCGUGCCCGGGCCGGGCCGGGACUGAGCGGAGCGGGGAGGACCGGCAGGUAGGAGGGUCGGCUCGGCUGGGCUCAGCCGGGCUGGGCUCGCUGCGUGCCCGCCGGAGCCUUCCCCCUGCUCCUCCUCCUCCUCCUCCUCCUCCUCCUCCUCCUCCUUCCUGGAGCGGGGGAAGAUGGCGGAGCUGGAGAGCCUGGAGACGGCGGCGGAGCACGAGCGGAUCCUGCGGGAGAUCGAGAGCACCGACACGGCCUGCAUCGGCCCCACGCUCAGCGGUUCUUGCGGCGUCCGUCAGCUGGCAGACCCCGCUGCCGAGCUCUCCUGGCCGAGGAGCGCAGGUCUGUUUAUGAUGGAGAGGAGCACGGUCGUUUCAUGGAAAAAUUGGAAGCGCGAAUCAGAAAUCACGAUCGUGAGAUUGAGAAAAUGUGCAACUUCCAUUACCAGGGCUUCGUGGACUCCAUCACGGAGCUGCUGAAAGUUAGGGGAGAAGCUCAAAAACUGAAGAACCAAGUGACGGACACCAACCGAAAGCUGCAGAACGAAGGGAAAGAACUGAUAAUAGCAAUGGAAGAGCUGAAGCAAUGCCGAUUGCAGCAGAGGAAUAUUUCAGCGACGGUUGAUAAGCUAACGCUGUGUCUUCCUGUCCUGGAGAUGUACAGCAAACUGCGAGAGCAAAUGAAAUCUAAAAGACACUACCCCGCGCUGAAGACCCUGGAGCACCUCGAGCACACCUACCUGCCGCAGGUGAGCCACUACCGCUUCUGCAAGAUCAUGGUGGAUAACAUCCCAAAGCUGCGCGAGGAGAUAAAGGAAGUUUCCAUGUCAGACCUGAAGGAUUUCCUGGAGAGCAUCCGUAAGCACUCCGACAAGAUUGGGGAGACGGCAAUGAAGCAGGAUUGCAGAUACAAUCAGUGGAAAAUAAUUGCCAAGAUAUUCUUCAGUCUUCUGCUCUCUCCAAAUAUUAAGGCACAGCAGCAAAGAAACCUGGACAAUAUUGUAUCACAGCACCCCAGGAUAAGCGGGGGAAAAAAGUCCAAGAAAGAAGGCUGCGCAAGCUCAGAUUUGGAGGUAAAGACCACUAGCCCCAUGUCUGAGCAGGAUUCGGGUAUCCUGGAUGUUGAAGAUGAGGAUGAGGAUGAAGAGGUGCCUGGGGCCCAGGAUCUGGUGGACUUCUCGCCUGUGUACCGAUGCCUGCACAUCUACUCCGUCCUGGGUGCCCGAGAAACCUUUGAGAACUACUACAGGAAGCAGAGAAGAAAACAAGCCAGAUUGGUACUGCAGCCUCCUUCCAACAUGCAUGAAACUUUAGAUGGCUACAGGAAGUAUUUUAAUCAAAUUGUAGGGUUUUUUGUAGUUGAAGAUCACAUCUUGCAUACAACGCAGGGCUUGGUAAAUAGAGCCUAUAUUGAUGAGCUGUGGGAGAUGGCAUUAUCAAAAACCAUUGCGGCGCUAAGGACGCAUUCAUCCUAUUGCUCGGACCCAAGCCUGGUGUUAGACUUGAAGAACCUCAUCGUCCUCUUUGCAGACACACUCCAGGGGUAUGGCUUCCCAGUGAACCAGCUCUUUGACAUGCUGCUGGAGAUCCAAGACCAGUACAGUGAAACCCUGCUGAAGAAAUGGUCAGGAGUUUUCAGAAAUAUACUUGAUUCAGAUAACUACAGUCCCAUCCCGGUGACAAAUGAAGAGAUUUAUAAGAAAAUAGUUGGACAGUUCCCGUUCCAGGAUGCAGAACUUGAAAAGCAACCAUUUCCAAAGAAGUUCCCCUUUUCUGAGUUCGUGCCUAAAGUUUACAAUCAGAUUAAGGAAUUCAUCUAUGCCUGUCUGAAGUUUUCAGAAGACCUUCACCUGAGCUCCACGGAAGUUGAUGAUAUGAUCAGAAAAUCGACAAACCUGCUGCUGACCCGAACGCUAAGCAACUGUUUACAGAACGUCAUCAAGAGGAAAAACGUAGGGCUGACAGAGCUUGUACAGAUUAUUAUAAACACGACCCAUCUGGAAAAAUCAUGCAAGUUCCUCGAGGAAUUCAUAACCAACAUCACCAACGUCCUUCCAGAGACUGUCCACACUACGAAACUUUAUGGGACCACGACUUUCAAGGACGCCCGCCACGCUGCUGAGGAAGAGAUUUACACCAACCUGAACCAGAAGAUAGACCAGUUCUUGCAGCUGGCGGAUUACGACUGGAUGGCCAUGGAGCCGGGCAGCAAGGCCAGUGACUACCUGGUCGACCUCAUUGGCUUUCUGCGCAGCACAUUUGCCGUGUUCACGCACCUCCCGGGGGAUGUAGAUGUCCACUCUACAAUGUCGGGGAAGGUGGCGCAGACCGCCUGCAUGUCGGCGUGCAAGCACUUGUCCACCUCGCUGAUGCAGCUGCUGCUGGAAGCCGAAGUGCGGCAGCUGACGCUGGGCGCCUUGCAGCAGUUCAACCUGGACGUGGAGGAAUGCGAACAGUUUGCCAGAUCCGGCCCAGUGCCUGGGUUCCAAGGGGACACGCUGCAGUUGGCCUUCAUCGACUUGAGACAACUCCUGGAUCUGUUCAUCCAGUGGGACUGGUCGACGUACCUGGCUGACUACGGGCAACCCACGUGCAAGUACCUCCGGGUGAACCCCACCACGGCCCUCGUCCUGCUGGAAAAGAUAUCACGAGUGAUGCGAGACACGAGCAGGAAGAACAACGUUUUCGCCCAGUUUCGGAAGAACGAGCGGGACAAGCAGAAGCUGAUAGACACCGUGGCCAAGCAGCUCCGCGGCCUCAUCAACAGCCAUCACUCGUGAGGGCCGUGGCCGCCCGCCACCGCACUCCGGGACCCGCGCCGCGCCGGUCCCCGCACUGCAGCCUUCCACACGCCCGGACUUGGGAUCCUUGUUCAAAGAGAAUAUAUAUGUAUUUUUUUAUUCGCCUGUAUAGAACCCGUGAAACCCACCCUUCUGACAAAACGUUCCUCGUUAAGCAAUCCCGGGGAAGAGAGGCAGCGCUGCCUGUGCUGGUGCAGCGAGGGUGCUGGCAGGAGUCUCCGUUACAAACUCCUAUUUUCAGGGGGUUGUAAAGGGACGGGAAAGCCUGAAAGAGAAGUUCACACCCAGACUAUGGUGGUUUUUUUUUUUUUUUUUUUUUUUUUUUUUUUUUUUUGUAAGCCAAAUUCAAAGAAUUGGUUUGACUUCCUUUUGUUAAGUUAUUCAGUUGCAGAGCAAGCGAAAAACAAAAAAUACAGGGAGGAGCCGUGGUUUCAGGUUCUUCUCGUGAAAGGAGCA